UUUUGAUGACGUAGACGCGCACAGCGGUCCUAUUUGACGUUGCCUCAGACACGGCCAGCUAAUGGGGUCAAGCGGACACGCCAGUGCGACAAUACUAAUGCAAAACGAGACCGCUGCCGAUGCAAAAGGGGAGUUGUUUUUUCCUGAAAUAGUGUAUCGGUCGCAGAUAGACGCAAGCCAGACCGCCAUGACCGCGAAGGACUUGUAACAAUUGGCUCAUUUGGAGCCGACUCGCUGUAUCAACACCAAGGCCUGUAUGUAGCUAACUAGCUAGUUAGCUGUAGCUCUUCGGCUAGCUAGCAAGUGCUUGAACGCACGCCACCGCUGCGGCACAUCAACAGGCGGGUCAUUUUCAUGUUUAAUUUGUAACGCAAUCCGUCUGCUCCGCCAACAUCACAGUUCGUUCUGCUUCCCCCACGAUAAUGGCUGAACAGGGUGCAGCGGCCAUGCAGCAGAAUUUGGACAGGAGCUGCUGGGUGUGCUUUGCCACAGACGAGGAUGACCGCACGGCAGAGUGGGUGCGCCCGUGUCGGUGCCGUGGCUCCACCAAGUGGGUUCACCAGGCCUGCCUGCAGCGCUGGGUGGAUGAGAAGCAGCGGGGCAAUAGCACGGCCCGCGUGGCCUGCCCACAAUGCAAUGCAGAAUACCUCAUCGUCUUCCCCAAACUGGGUCCCGUGGUUUACGUGCUGGACCUGGCCGACCGGCUCAUCUCUAAGGCCGGCCCCUUCGCCGCUGCCGGCAUCAUGGUGGGCUCCAUCUACUGGACUGCGGUCACCUACGGAGCCGUCACUGUCAUGCAGGUGGUGGGCCAUAAGGAGGGCCUGGACGUCAUGGAGCGGGCCGACCCUCUGUUCCUGCUCAUCGGCCUGCCCACCAUCCCCGUCAUGCUGAUCCUCGGCAAGAUGAUCCGCUGGGAGGACUAUGUCCUGCGUCUGUGGAGGAAGUACUCCAACAAGCUGCAGAUCCUCAACAGCAUCUUCCCAGGUCAGGACACACACUCAGGGAUUGGCUGCCCAGUUCCUCGCAUCCCAGCGGAGGCCAGCCCCCUGGCGGACCACGUGUCUGCGACACGGAUCCUGUGCGGCGCUCUGGUAUUCCCCACCAUCGCCACCAUCGUGGGGAAGCUCAUGUUUAGCAGUGUCAACUCCAACCUGCAGAGGACCAUCCUGGGAGGUAUUGCCUUUGUGGCCAUCAAGGGGGCGUUUAAGGUUUACUUUAAACAGCAGCAGUACCUGAGGCAAGCCCACCGCAAGAUCCUCAACUUCCCCGAGCAGGAGGAAGCCUGAGGAGGCUCCAUAGUCCUGACGGAGGACGGCCGGACCAACCACACACACACGCACACCUCCCCUGGUCGGGGUCAGGAAAUGAACGGAUUCGAGGGCAGGAAGUGCUGGUGGACUUGGGAUCGGUGUCACCCCCUUACCGCCCACUCCUCCUCCUCACCUCUCUUUUAUGGAGUGACUUGUGCAUCGUCACAGACAUUCAUGCAAAGGUGUCCCCACCCCACCCUGCCACCAUACAUAGUUUUUUAAACUCGAGGUGAAGACGGAUAAGACUUGUGGACCCAAACUGGAGCUUGUUUUGCGCAGUCAGUGUGCAGUGACACACACACACACACACACACACACACACACACACACACACACACACACACACGCACACACUCUAACACAAAACAAGGCUGUGUGUCUUUCUGGUGAUCUAACAGUCAUUGUAAACUUACUGUGUUUUAAACAAACAAAAAUGCGGGGGAUGUGUAAUUAGAAAGUUUUAUAAAAAUAAUACUAAAUGAUUGUUUUAUAUCGUUAUUUUGCAGAUUGGACCCCUUUGCCAAUGUUAAGGGGUUUAAAUUGUUCAGUGUGUAGAAUGUAUUAAUGACGAAACAAUAAAAUGUGUUCUGAAUCGUGAUGCAGUAUGUUGAGGAUAAAUCUACAUGCCGCUGCAAAGAGUGCACACUGACCACACAGGAACAUUUAGACCUGCACCAUUUUGAAGGGUGUUCAAUUCUUUUUGUGUUGCUCACAUGCCUUGGUAGUGUUUACUUUGAUUGUCACAGCUUUAGCUCCAUUUCCCAAAAUGCUUUUGGGUGCUCAUCAAAGAAGCUGCAGUUCUGGUCGAGCCUGUUGCCGUGAUGACACUGGGCGGAUGGAUAACAUGGAUGCUUGCAAGCUUUUUUUCCUCACUCACAGGAUGUUGGACUGUUAAAGCAUCUCAAAAGCGUUGGUGACCCUUGUGAGUUUGGACGCAGCACUUUUCACUGGGAGACGUCAAACUUUGCUGAAACUAGACACAGUUCAGAGUUUUAGUCUAGCUAAAAUUGCACGUUAUUUUUAUUCUUGGGGCAAAAAUGAAAAGGUUCAAUUCAGCCAAAUGACGAAAGUCAUAUUUUCUCACUUACGAUCUUUAGCUGUGCAGAUAGUUUUGGAUUUGUUGCCCAGGUUUUUCUAUUUGUAUUCCUGCCGAUGCCUUAAUUGUGUAAUUUGCGACAAAUUUUAUUGUUGAAAAUACAAACUUAUUGGACAUCCCCAAUAAAAGGGGACAUCAUCUUUCAUAAGACCCAGUUUUAAUGUAACAUUUGAAUUACGUCCCUACAAAAUAAGAGCGUUUGGGGUAGCGGUGGAAAUCCUAAAACCUGGAACAAUACACUAUCUUCAUGGGAGGUAUGUGUGAAAAUACAGCUUUUUUUGAAGUGUCCGUAAGCAUGGCGCUACAUGAUAGCUAAUCGGUUUAGUUCUGAACCAUUGGGUGCAUAACGUGAUGAACAAUUAGCGGAGAGUUGAGCCCCAGCUUUUUGUUUUCUGCCUCAAAGGAGCCAACAAACCUGUGACCGUACAAAGACGUGUAAGCCUUGACGUGGCCCCAAGUAGAUCUACACUCUGCCAAAAGAGACGUCUACGCUAGGAGUUCUGUGAAUAAAUGUAUUUUUCCAAUGAGGAGACGCUUGUGUGAGGAAGAGUGUUUCAUUUAAAUAAACACGGCGUUCUAUUCCA